AUGAGUGAUUCCAAGCUAUUCGGGAAAUGCAAGUCCCAGGAACUUCGAGUCGAGCUCGAGCAGGCGAAGAAGAAACUGAAGCCACAAGCAAAGGUGAAGGUGGUGCUUAAGAAAGCCAUAUCUAAUAUUAUCCUCCACAACAACGAACUCGCUCAUUUAUUGGAAGAUGUCACGGCGCUUAUGACUAUAGACGACUUUGAGAUCCGGUCCUUGUGCUCCCAGUUUAUUGUUCAUUACGCUCCAUUGGACCAUAGUAAAGCAUUGGGGGCUUUGAAGUUCUAUGAGAGAUUUGCUGACGACCUUAAUGCUAACAUACGUGCACUUGCGGUGAAGACGGUGGCUUCGGUUAACCUUAAGGAGUACAUUCUGAUUGCAUUGCCUAUGGCUAAGAGGUUGUUGCUUGAUACAACGCCCCAUGUUAGAACUUCUGCUGCUUUUGCUGUGGCCAGGUUGUACCAGCAUGACGAUGAAAGAACGACGAAAAAUGGCCUUAUAGACGACUUGAAUGAGCUUUUAUAUGAUGAGAACCAGGUCGUCGUGGCCAAUGCGCUUGCAGCGUUGAAUUCUAUUACGGAAUCUGAUAAAUCAUUGAAACUUACCAUUGAUAAGAACCACUCGCUAGCGUUGGUCAAUGGCCUCAGUUCAGCUAAUGAAUGGCGUACGGUUUAUUUGCUUGAUGCAUUGAUGUCGUUUGUUCCACAAGACUCCAAGGACGCCUUGUCUCUUAUAGAGAUUGUGCUUUCGUGCUUGGUGCAUUCAAACUCGGCUGUUGUGCUCAACGCUGUUAAAGUUAUUGUCUAUCUCAGUAACUACGUCGAGGGCCCCGAGGUAGUGAUCCCUGGAUUGGCUAAAAGAAUUGGCUCUUCGCUUGUGUCAUUGCUUUCUAAACCUCCAGAGAUCCAGUUCUUGGUGCUUAGAAACGUUAUUCUUCUACUACUUGGUAAACGCUACCUUCUCGAAGUUGAUGUGGAACAGUUUUUCUGGAAAUUCGAUGAUCCCAUCUACGUGAGAGAUACAAAGCUAGAGAUCAUUUAUCUAUUAGCAGAUGAAUAUAACGUGGAGGUCGUCUUUCGUGAAUUGGAGGAGUAUGCCACCGAGAUCGAUGCCAAUAUGGCAAGAAAAGCUAUUAGAGCUUUCGGUAACUUGGCCAUCAAAAUUGACGCAACAGCUCAACAAAGUGUUGAUACCCUUAUCGAUUUGUUGGCUGAUGGUGUUCCCCACAUUGUCCAAGAGUCAAUCGUUGUGUUAAAGAAUGUACUUCGAAAGUACCCAGGCAGAUUUGACUAUGCGAUUGAACCUGCGGUAAGAAACUAUGAGGUUGCAAUUGAGCGUGACGCAAAAGCUUCGGUAUGUUGGAUUGUUGGCCAGUAUGCCGAGAAGAUUCCAAAUGCUCAGAAGAUCAUCACCUACCUCGUUCUGUCCUUCAACGAAAGUCCCUUGGAAGUCCAGUACGUCAUAUUAACUGCCGUGGUUAAGUACUACGUGAAGUUUCCAGUACAAGGAGAAGCUCCUUUGCUUAAGGUAUUGAAGAAGGCUACUGAGGUAUCAGACAAUCCUGAUGUGAGAGACCGUGGAUUCUUCUACUGGAGAAUGAUCACAAGUCCAGAGAACGCUGGAACAGAGGGCAACUUUCAGAAGAAAACCAAGGAAAUCGUUAUCGAUACUGAACCCCUCAUCAGUUCUGAAAACGAGAACAUUGAUCCAAAUAUUCUAGAAGAGCUUGAGCUUAAUAUUGGAAGUCUUGUUUCUGUAUACCUUAAAUCGGUUGAGCAUGUCUUCAGAUUGGCGAAAAGAAAGCUGCUUCCAUACUCACUUGCGUUACAACCUCGCCGAAAGAAUGAGACUCCUCGUCCAUCGUCAAGACCAUCGGUUCCCUUUGCCACCAGUGCAAAGGAAAGGAAGCGGAGGAAGCAGUUUGGCCAGCUCUCAGACACCAAGCAGAGUUAA